AUGAGAGUUCCCCCAGACCCAAUAAUUUCUGUGUAUAUCUUGAUUGGGUUAGUGGAGUAUGAUUUUUAUCUGCCCUUCCUUCCUUUCCCUCAACUUGCAGUGUGCCUCUCCAUUUGUGCUAAGAACCAUAGAGCAGGGAUCAAAAGGAGACCAAUCUCGAUGGAAACCUCUGGUCCAUUUUUAUGGAUUGCCAGUGCCAACCCAGGAAGGAACAUCCUGGCAUAUGUGAGGAGGAGAAGGCAACCAGUUUUCGAAAUACUGUCACAACUUCAGAGGCAACAGAUUGUCUCCUUCUCUGCUUUGUGGGGCUAUUUGCGUCUGCCAUGUUCUUUAUCCAUUGAUCUCCCCGCACCCAGCCACUUGCCCAGGAUGUAA